CCACUGAACCACACAUACAACGCGGACAGGCCCUCAAGUGGAUAGACUACCGAACCAGGUUUUCUCGUUCAUUUGGGGUCCUUCCAAGGGUACCCGUAAUCGACAUCGCUACUUGGAAAGCAAGCAUCUUGCUGACAUCCAGCGUUUUGCCAGGGCCCCUUGGGGCUUCCUGAAUCUCUGCAUCUUCUCUCCAGCUGGAGCAGACUUCCAGAAGCACCUCAAGUACAACCCAGCGCUCUUGCCUGGCGUCAGCUACUCGCGCAUAGAUGGCGCUGGUUAGCGGGGCCGCUGGGGCGUCGCGCGAGGACGAGCUGCGGCGCCUCAUGCCCCCGCCCCCGCCCCGGGCUGCCCCCGCGGUGCCGCUGUCCCGGGCGCCGGUGGUGCUCGACGAGGACACCUACACCUCGCAGCUCGAGGCCAUCAUUGAAAGAGACUACUUCCCGGAGCUUCCCAAAAUGGCGAAUCAGCUGGAGUGGCUCAAAGCCGUGAACAGCGGCGACGUGCGGGAGAUGCAGCGCGCGCAGCGCAACAUCGCGCGCCGGCGUGCUGCGGCCGCGGCGGCGGCGGCGGCCGCCGGCACCACUCCAGGCCUCGGCGGCGGCGACACGCCCGGCAUGCUACCCCCCUUCCUCACCCCCGCCGCCGGCGCGCCCGGCACGGGGGCGUGGGGAGCCGCCACGCCCGGUACAGGGGUGCUGCGCACACCCGCCAUGACGCCUCUGGUUGGCGGAGACGCCGCCGCCGGAGGCGGCGGCGCCGGCGGCGCCGCAGGCGCCGCCGGAGGCGGCGGAGCCGCCGCUGAUGCGGGCUCCGCCGCCGCGGCAUCGGCUGCUGCUGCUGCUGCGGCUGCUGCGUCCAGGGGCAUGAGCUUGGACGCCUUCCUGGCGCAGUACACGAGUGAAGACAACGCCUCGUUCAACGUGCUACUGGAGGAGGACAACAGGAGGAAGAGGGCCAAGGUCCGGCAUCACCUGGAGCGGCCCGACCCCAGGGACCCAGCCACACGGCAGCUGCUGCUGGAGGGACCCAAGGAGCGCCCCUCUGACGGCUACGGCACCAGCGGCCAGGCGCCCAUGACGCUGCUGCCCGCGCCCGAGCCGCCCGUCAACACCCUGUUCUACGACUCCAGCCAGAGGGCCAACGUGCCCUUCAGCGCCAAGGAGCUGGCGGAUCGCGCCAUGGGUCCGCCCAAGUCCAUCAACAAGUCAGCCACCCGCAUCAAGACACAGACCUCGGAAGAGGUGGCGGCGGCCGCAGCCGCCCUCACGCCCGCAGCCGCCGCCGCGCAGGCAGCGGCGGCCGCUGCUGCCCUGGCGGCGCUCGGGCCCGACGCGCCGGAGGGCGCCGCGGCGGUGGCCGCGGCCGCCGCCGCAGCGGCGGCAGCCGCCGCCGCCGGCUUGCCGGUGGGCGCGCCGGCACCUGCUGCCAUGGGCGGUGGCACUGUGGGCUAUGUGUCUAUGUCGACGCCGGCUCUGGAGGAUGUGAUGGGCACGCCGCUGAUGACGUGGGGUGACAUUGAGAGCACGCCGCUGCGCCUGGGGGCGGACGACAUGCCGGUGGGGCUGGACCCGGACUAUGUGGGGCCCAGCUUCAAAGUGCAGGGCAUGACCGACCGCGAGACCGCCGCGCACAAACUGGCGGUGGCGCGCUCCGGCAGCACCCCCGCCGCCCGCGCCGCCACCGCCGCCGCCCGCGGGCGCACCACGCCCCUGCUCUCCGCCCUUCGGAAGGCCACCGGGGGCGCCGGCGGCGGCUCCACCCCUGUGGUCCCUCUCUCGCCGGCCGCCCGACAGCUGGCGGCCGCCAUCAAGGCGGGCGGCGGCGCCACGCCCACCGCGGGCAUGGGGGCGGCGGGCGCCCGCGGGCUGGCGGCGGGCAGCUUCGUCAAGGGCGGCUACGGCGGCGGCGGCGGCUUCAGGGCGGGCGGCGGCACCGGCGGGCACGGACACAAGGUGGACGACCACACGCUGUGGCGGCAGAGCAAGCGGCUGCUCGGGGGCGUCGGCGGCGGCGCGGCGAGGGGGGAGGCGGCGGCGGCGGUUGCCAAGGGGGCGGCGCUGGGGAGUGGCGAGCUGGACAAGCAGCUGCGGGCUAGCUACCGGAGUGGCGCGGCAGUGGCGGCGGGGCUGGGCGGCGGCGCGACGCCCACGCCAACACGGCUGGCGACGGGGGGCGGCGGCACGGGGCAGCGUGUGGGUGGGGGCGGGGCGAUGGGGGGGCGCACGCCGGUGGUUUCCGUGUCGGUGGCGGUGGGUGUGGGCGGGAAGCGGUCGGCUUCCGGGGCGGGGGCUGCGGGGCCGGCGGGUGGCGCGGGCGCGGGCAAGGUUACUGGCAGCAGCGUCACCGAUGACCUUCUGAAGCUAUAGGUGUGUUGUAGCAGUGUUUCGAUUGGUGUUGGAUGCGGGUAACUGAGUGAUUUCAUGCGUUGAUUAAAUGUCAUAGGGUGUUGACUGUUUGGUAAUUGUGUUGGAUACCGUACCCAGUAACCCAUUGCCUUGAGAGGUGCUGCGCGCGGGAUUUGCAUGAGUCUAGUUUGCCGUGCCUGCGCACACAGAGUUCGUAAGCGAGCUAGCGAGGUGCCUUUUGGUGUGUGUGCGGCAUGUGCACCAAUCCCAAUCCAUGGCAACCGCUCAUUGCAGCUUACGUCGCAGUUGGCUAUUGCUUGAUUAUUUCUUCCCACUCGCUCAAGAUAUUGACGGGCUUUGGCAGUACAGCUUUGAUAGUACUGCUCCGUGCCUGAGGCAAACAUGGGAGUGACACAUUGCCAGCAGGUUCGUGAAGUCCUAGAAGGAACAGAAGCGUAUUCAGACACAAAUGCAUACAUAGCGCUGCAGCGUAGCAUUCAUGACGGGAUGGUUUGCGGCUGCGACUGAGAGGAAGGUUAGUCGGCGACCGCAUGCUCAUCUGGCGCUCCUAUGAAGCAAAGCUGCCCAUAAACGUAACGAC